UAAAUAGAACGAAAAGAUGUCGUCCACAAAAGAGCUUUUACAGAUGGAUUUGUAUGCAUUGCUCGGGAUUGAAGAGACAGCUUCAGAAAAGGAGAUCAAAAAAGCAUACAGGCAGAAAGCCCUGACCUGUCACCCAGACAAGAAUCCAGACAAUCCACAGGCCGCUGCACUCUUCCACCAGCUGUCACAAGCUCUAGAGGUGCUGUCUGAUGCUGCAGCCAGGGCUGCCUACAACAAGAUCCAAGCUGCCAAGAGACAAGCGGAGGAGAGGACCCGUAGGCUCGAUGACAAGAGGAAAAAGAUCAAGCUUGAUCUGGAGGCUCGUGAGAAACAGGCAGAAGUUCAGAAUGCAGAAGAGGUCAAAGUCACACGCACACUCGAGGAGGAGAUUGCUCGGAUAAGAGAGGAAGGAUCCAAACAACUGCUGGAGGAGCAGAAGCUCAUCAGAGAACAGAUACAGCGUGAGAGAGAGGCAAGAUUACAAACACACUCAGAUACCGCAGCAGAACGGAAAUGCAAUGAAAAUGUGACGCCCAAGUUAAAACUGAAGUGGAAGAGUAACAAAGAAGACGACUCUAAUGGCGGCUACUCUGAAGAAUUUCUACUCAAACUCUUUCAAAAAUAUGGAGAUGUCCUGAAUGUUCUAGUAUCAAAGAAGAAGAGAGGAAGCGCCGUUGUGGAAUUUGCAACAUUCAAAGCAGCUGACCUGGCAUAUAAAAAUGAAACCGGUUUGACCAGAAAUCCAGUGAAAAUUUCAUGGCUGGAGGGACAACAGGAGGCAACUGCACAGACAACAUAUUGUCACAACACAAAUAACACAUUCGCCCCAUCACAGAGUUCUCUGAGCAGUGAGCGAGACUAUGAGAGUGUGGUGCUGAUGAAGAUGAGGCAGGCAGCAGAACGACAGAGGCUGAUUGAAGAGAUGAAACGAGAGGAUGAGGAAGCAGCGGAGAGCUGACAUCACUAUAGGAUUGCUCCACUCAUCUCAUCAACUAAAAUUCAA